AUGAGCUUCAAAAUAACAAGCAUGCAUAUUUCCAACACUAUGAGUGAAACAAGCAAAGAUUCCGGAUACCAGGAAAAUGGGACGGAUGCAGACAGAAUCCGGGACAAUGGAGACUUCAUGAAACUGGACAACGUCAAUAAUUCGUCUCGAAGAUCCGUUCAUAUAGAUGCACCUUCAAUACAUUUAUCGGCCGAGACUACAAACACAAAUAUAUCACUACAUAUGGACUCGGGUGAAGACGAACAUGAUGAAAUGGAUGACAAGUCUAGUGUGUGUAGUGUGGAACUCCCAAGCACUGCUAUGAAUCUGCCCAUAAAUCAUAUUGAUAAUGACAAUAACAGAAUCCCUAUCAUGGAUACCUCGCGCCAAAUGGCUGUUCCGACACCAGUCAAUUUGAACUUGCGAGAUAUCAUAGAACCCCUCGAGGAAUGGUCGCGAGUGCAGAGUGGUAUCCGGGAACGCAAGUACCCAGUACUGCCUAAAAUUGGGAAAAUGAAAAAAGAGUCCGGACACGACAAACAAAAAUAUGAUAUGGUGAAUUACAACCAAUUAGAUUACACGAGAGAGAAGAUGGAGAACGAAGCAGAUUUUUUCUCAGACUAUCGAAUAAACACGAGUCGCGUUAAGGAGACUCCACGUCAAAAUCCUCUUCCUCCCAUCAGACAAAACUCUUCUAUGGGAAGCUUGCAUUCCAAAAGGUGA